AUGUCUGAGCUCGGCAUCAAAGAAGAACCCAAGUCGCCGCUCGACAGGCACGGAUCUUCUGAAGGUGGCACAAUUAGCGAAGAAAGCAACUUGCCCGUCAAUCUUUCCAACGUUCUGUCAAGAAAGGAGGAAGAAGGCGACGAAGAAGACGAGUAUGCACCGUCGAAUGACAAACGGGAGCUAAAGGAGCAAGAUUGCUAUGACAAACUCGGAUACUGCUGGCCCAGAUGGAAGAAGUGGUCGUACCUCGCCGCGGUCGCAUGUGUACAAGUGUCGAUGAACUUCAACACGUCGGUCUAUCCCAAUGCAAUCGCGCCGCUUUCCAAGGCCUUCAACAUCAGUGAGCAACAUGCUCGAACAGGCCAAAUGGCUUAUCUUGUUACUUACUCCAUCGGUUGUGAGCUGUGGGCGCCUUGGAGUGAGGAGUUCGGACGCUGGCCUAUCCUGCAGCUCUCCAUGUUCUUGAUCAAUAUCUGGCAAAUUCUGGCAGGACUAUCCCCGAACUGGGGAAGUCAAGUAGUUGCUCGAGCAUUAGGUGGUCUUUCAACCGCCGGUGGUAGUGUCACCUUGGGCUUGAUAGCCGACAUUUACGAACCCGAAACACAGCAAUUCCCUCUUGCAUUUAUCGUGCUCUCUUCCUGUAUUGGUACCAGCAUUGGUGGCGUGAUCGGCGGGCCAAUUGAACGAUUCCUCUCAUGGCGAUGGUUCUUCUGGAUCCAACUAAUAUUCGGAGGAUUUACGCAAGCCAUCAUCUUUUUCAUGCCCGAGAGUCGUUCAACCAUCUUGAUUGAUAGGGAGGCUAAACGUCGACGUACAAGCGGCGAAGACCCUAACAUCUACGGACCCAACGAGCUGAAGAAGCCCCGUGUCUCACUAAAGGAAGCAGGAAAGAUCUGGAUCCGACCUUUUCACAUGUUAUUGCGGGAACCGAUUGUGCUAUGCCUGUCGCUUCUGUCCGGAUUCUCCGAUGCUCUUAUCUUCACUUUCCUAGAGAGCUUUGCCAUUGUAUACUCUGAGGGAUGGGGCUUUGGAAUUCUCGCUCAGGCCUGGGCAGUCAUCCCCAUCAACGUUGCGUAUGUGAUUGCCUAUUUCUCGUAUUUCCCGUGGUUUCGCAGAGACGAGUCCAUCCGCCAGUCACUAGGCGAUGAUGCACUGUUGCCCGAACGUCGUCUUAAAUGGCUUCUAUUCCUCGCACCACUCGAACCAAUUGGGCUAUUUGGCUUCGCCUGGACCUCUCUCGGCCGCGCUUACAACGUACACUGGAUCGGCUCCAUGAUAUUCUCGGCCUGCGUCGGAAUCGGAAACUACGCCAUCUACCUGUCCUCGGUAGACUACAUGGUCGCUGCCUAUGGAGUCUAUUCGGCCUCUGCCUGCGGCGGAAAUGCCUUUGCACGAGACCUAUUGGCGGGUGUAUCCGCCAUGUACGCCAUACCCAUGUACACGAACAUCGGUAACAAAUACCCGACCGAGUACGCAUCUACGAUUCUGGCUUGCUUGUCUUGUCUGGUUGUAUUGCCGAUCUACGUGUUUUACUGGAAGGGCCCUCAGAUUCGCGCUAGAAGCAAGUUCGCGUCUGUGCUUGCUGCUGAUAGACAGGCAAAUCACGGCCGCCGUUUGCAUGAAGUACGAUUGAAAAGGAGCUCUACCUACGCCCGGGCGCGUGUGCUUGUUUUGAGAUAUGAAUGUUGCGGGUUGACGAAUUUCUUCAACCUCUUUUGA